UAAGAAAAGGAAAAUUAGUAUUUUUUUAAAGUUUAUCCGACUUUUUCGGGUAACGGAUCCAGUGAUCUAUUUUUCUAGUACUUGUACUAAUUGUGAGCUACAUUGUUUCUUCCUCUUCACGAAAACUAUAAAGCCCAAUUUAAUUAUUUUCCUCGUUUCUCCAAUUCACUUGUUUAGGGCUUUACCACUUUGAUUGAUUUUGCGUGAUUAGCCUAAUAUGGAAAAUACUUCAGUUGACGUUGACCAGCCCCACUCAAUGGGCACCACUAUUAUCGGCGUUACGUACAACGGUGGCGUUGUACUCGGUGCCGAUUCUCGCACCAGCACCGGAAUGUAUGUGGCGAAUAGGGCGUCUGAUAAGAUUACUCAGCUGACUGAUAAUGUCUACGUUUGCCGCUCUGGAUCAGCAGCAGAUUCUCAAAUUGUUUCAGACUAUGUUCGCUACUUCCUACACCAACACACGAUACAGCUAGGUCAGCCAGCUACCGUCAAGGUUGCUGCGAACCUUGCAAGGUUAUUAUCCUACAACAACAAGGAUAUGCUUCAAACAGGACUGAUUGUUGGUGGUUGGGACAAAUAUGAAGGUGGCAAGAUAUAUGGAAUCCCUCUUGGAGGCACAGUCUUGGAGCAACCUUUUGCUAUUGGAGGAUCUGGCUCUACUUAUUUGUAUGGUUUCUUUGACCAAGCAUGGAAAGAGGGCAUGACUCAAGAAGAAGCUGAGAAACUGGUGGUCACUGCAGUUACUCUAGCCAUUGCACGAGAUGGUGCUAGCGGCGGUGUUGUUCGGACUGUAACUAUUAACAAAGAUGGAGCUACAAGAAAGUUCUAUCCAGGCGAUUCCCUUCAACUUUGGCAUGAAGAACUAGCGCCUGUGAACUCCCUGCUGGAUAUUUCUGCAUCAAGUCCUGAUGCGAUGGUCAGUUGAAACUGGAGAUAUGCUCCUAUCAACAUGUUCUUGGGGCUGUAGAAUUUUUUCCAUUGUUGCUACUUUACGAUUACUCUCUCGCAUGCUCUGGAUUCAUUGUUUCGUUCCUAAUCCAGCUGCAACUUUAUCAUGUUUUGGGUGGUAUUUGUCCCUUCUUUUUAUCUUGCCCCUGUGAUAGGUUAACGUUAGUUCUGAAUUCUGAUUGUUUCUGGUCCUGUAAUUCCCUAUUUGCCCCUAAGAUAGUUAUAUUAGGUAAAGGAUAAGGUCGAAACUCUCUAACUGCUCAUCAGCUUUGAGUAAUUGUUCUAAAAGCAAAACAAGAAAUGCCGUGGAUGCCCGUGA